GUUAUGUGUGAAAGGGAAGGUGAGAGGUGCUCGGCUCCUAAUCCUCUUAGCGGCAUUACGCUGAGCCUCGUUCAAGCCCUGACAUGCGGUGCGCCCUUGUAGCUCCCCAAAAAAACCGGAGUCAGCAUCUCUGCGUGCGUUACGCGCGGCUCGAGGGACGGUGCGCGGCGGCGAAGGGGCCGAGCGGCCGGCGGUACAGUCCUUCAACAGGUCGAAGCUGCCAGCUGUAAAAGAUGAAACACACUGUGUGCACAUGUGUGUGUCUCCUCUCUGUCGGCGGUGUCCUCUCGCCACGCAACGGCGCUGGAGCCGUCAAGGAAUAGCAAUGCAUCUGACAUAGCUUCCCGUUGGGAGUCGAGACCACGAGGGCAAUGAACGUGCGCUCGCCUCCGAGGAGGAGACUCAGGAGCAGUCGCGUCCUCCUCUUCAUCUCAGGUGUGCUGCUGUGUUUCGUCUACACCCUGACUCUGAAAGCCAGGCUGUCGGAGCCGCGAGCCUCCGCGCAGACGGACGUCGUGGAGGUCGGCGUUCGGGAGGUGAUGGCGUCCAAUGAGACGGAGGAGGAGGAGGAGGAGGUCUCACCCGAGGGCAGCAAGCCCCCUCUGGUGAUGAUCGUCAACAGGACAGAUAUUGAACAGUGUGUCUACGUAGAUCCCCAACCCCCCAAACCUCCUCCAACUCCACCGCCACCAACCACCACGGUUCCCACGCGUCCCCCGCUCCAGCCCCCUCACAGGAAGGGCGAGUACCCGGAGGACAUUUUCUCAGUGGAGCAGCGACGACAAGGCUGGGUGGUCCUGCACAUCAUAGGCAUGACCUACAUGUUUGUCGCCCUGGCCAUCGUCUGCGAUGAGUUCUUCGUUCCUGCGCUGGAGGUCAUCACCGUCAAGCUGGAGAUUUCGGAUGACGUGGCCGGGGCCACCUUCAUGGCGGCUGGGGGCUCUGCCCCCGAGCUCUUCACCUCCCUGAUCGGCGUCUUCAUCUCCCACAGCAACGUGGGCAUCGGCACCAUCGUGGGCUCGGCCGUCUUCAACAUCCUGUUCGUGAUCGGCAUGUGUGCCAUUUUCUCCCACGAGAUGCUGCACCUGACCUGGUGGCCCCUGUUCCGAGACGUGACCUUCUACAUCCUGGACCUCAUCAUGCUCAUCAUCUUCUUCCUGGACAGCACGAUCCUGUGGUGGGAGAGCAUCUUGCUGCUGCUGGGCUACGUCAGCUACGUGAGCUUCAUGAAGUUCAACAGUCAGAUCGAGCAGGCGGUCAAGACCCAGAUCAACAAGCACAUGAGUAUCGUCAAGGUGUGGACAGCCGAGGAGCCGGAGAAGGAGAGUGAAGCUCCACCACCUCCACCUGCUGCUCCCUCUGCUGCUCCCGCUGCUCCUCCGUCUGCACCGAAAGCAGAGGAAAAAUCCAAACCAGAGCCUGAACCGCCUCCGGGCAGCCCUCAACGCAACAAACCGCCGUCAGAUCCACAAGAGGACAAAGCCAGACUCAGGGUGCGUCCCGUCCUGCAGCGAGGCGGCAGCUCGGCCUCCCUCCACAACACGUCGCUGCGGAGCACCAUCUUCCAGCUGAUGAUCCACACGCUGGACCCUCUGGGAGAAGCAAAGAACAAAGUAAAGCCUCUGAACAUCCCGGUCACGGGCAAAUUACAGAGCAAGUCGCAGCAACGCCACUCAGAAGAUGUUGAGCACAAGCCAAAGUCCGAGCCCGCCGCCGCCGCAGGUCCGCCAGGGGACGCCGCAGCCGAGCCGUCCACCUCACAGCCUCCGAAGGCAGAGGAGACGACUGAGAAGACGUCCGAGCAGCCGGACGGGUCGAAGGCGGCGGCAGCGUCAGCGGGGGCAACAGAGGGCUCAGAGGGCAGGGCUGACGACGAGAGCGGGGACGACGAGAGCGGGGACGACGAGAGCGGUGACUCCAGUGAGAGUGAAGAUGGCAACGACGACGACGGAAACGGGGAGGAGGAGGAAAAGGGGGAAGCGGAGGAGGAGAAUGAGCCGUUGUCUUUAGAGUGGCCCGAGACCAGACGCAAGCAGGCCACCUAUCUGUUCCUGCUGCCCAUCGUGUUCCCGCUGUGGCUCACGGUGCCUGACGUCCGCAACCUGGCGUCCAGGAGAUAUUUUGUCAUGACGUUUAUCGGCUCCAUCCUGUGGAUCGGAGUUUUCUCCUACAUGAUGGUGUGGUGGGCUCAUCAGGUGGGCGAGACCGUGGGCAUCUCGGAGGAGAUCAUGGGCCUGACCAUCCUGGCGGCCGGGACGUCCAUCCCCGACCUGAUCACCAGCGUGAUCGUGGCCCGGAAAGGUCUGGGGGACAUGGCCGUGUCCAGCUCAGUGGGCAGUAACAUCUUUGACAUCACUGUGGGUCUGCCGGUCCCGUGGCUCAUGUACACUCUGUUCCACGACGGCAAGCCGGUAACCGUCAGCUCCAACGGCCUGUUCUGCGCCAUCGUGCUGCUCUUCCUCAUGCUCCUCUUCGUCAUCAUCUCCAUCGCCGCCUGUCGCUGGAAGAUGAGCCGAAUGUUGGGCCUCACCAUGUUCGUACUGUACUUUGUGUUCCUCGUCCUCAGCGUCCUGCUGGAGGAUCGCGUCCUCGUCUGCCCGAUUUCGAUCUGAGGCGGGGG